GCCCGUCCUCUAAAAAUCGCUGGGUUCGAUUUCAGACGAGCUCCCGUCAUAAUCCGAUCCGCGUGGCACGGCCAAGUGCCACCACCGACCAUCAAUUCGCAAUUGAAGAUGCGAUCAUCACUACGGCACGCCCCAAAGGCCUUCCGCACAGCGCGACCGGUCGCAUGCGGAGCGAUAGGAGCACCAUGGCUCCAACACACCCGCCGUCAACCUCCAUCAAGGAAGCUUAGCACCACCACACCCACCUACCACAACCCCUCCUCUCCGACCUCCUCCUCCGUAAACGAGACCGAAAUCUCCCACUUCUCCGCCCUCGCCUCCUCCUGGUGGGACCCGCACGGCCCGUCGCGACCUCUGCACCUGAUGAACCCGCUCCGACACGACUUCAUCCAAGCCUGCCUCUCCGCCCCCUCGACCACCUCCCCAACCACCCCGCAACCCGACCCCAACGCCCUCCGCUACCUCGACGUCGGCUGCGGCGGCGGCAUCUUCGCCGAAUCCGCCGCCCGCCUGCCCACGACCGCCUCCGUCACAGCCAUCGACCCGUCCCCGACGAUCCUGACCGUCGCGCGCGCGCACGCAAAGCGCGACCCCUCCCUGGGCGGCGGCAAGCUGACCUACCUCAGCGAGACGAUCGAGUCGCUGGCGCUGCCGGCGGCGCCCGCGGACCGGUUCGACGUGGUCAGCGUGUUCGAGGUGGUGGAGCACGUCGACUACCCUGCGGCGUUCCUCGACCGUGUGGGGGAGUUUGUGCGCCCGGGCGGUUGGUUGGUGCUGAGUACGAUCGCGCGUACGUGGACGAGCUGGCUGACGACGAAUCUGGUGGCGGAGGAUAUACUCGGGGUGGUGCCCAAGGGGACGCAUGAUUGGUAUAAGUAUAUUAAUGAGGAGGAGUUGAGGGCGCAUUUUGCGGGGAAGGGUGGUGUGUGGGGGACGCCGAGGGCGAUGGGAGUGGUGUUUGUGCCUGGGUUUGGGUGGAAGGAGGUUAGGGGAAGUGAGAAAAUCGGGAAUUACUUUUUGGGGGUGCAAAGGGUUGGUUGAUGGGUGUUGGGGGUUUUGGUUGUAGGAUAUCCAGGGAUAUAUGUAUUUGAUACAAAGGGUGUAU